UCUAACUAACAAUUAAAAAGCUCAGGCUCUACUAAAACCCGCGAUUAAUUUUUAAGUGGAUUAACCCGUGUAAAUAAUUAUUCUGUGUGUGAAAUAAAAUUUAUAAAAAUAUUGUUAUCAAAAUAUAAUAAAUUGUUCGUUUUCAAUAAUACCAUAAUUAUUAUGAUCUAUAAAAAAAGUGAUUUUUUUUUAUAUAAUUACAAGAAGAUUAAUGUCAGUUAAUUUAAGUGAUCUUGUGAUUAAUUGACAAUUUUUGUCUUUAAGUGGAAAUAAUUAAUUAAUUAUUAUAUGUGUGUUUGUUGUUUCGUUUUAAUAUUCUCUUUUUUUAAUGAGUGGAUAACGAAAUGAGUUUUUGUGAACAAUAAAGAAAUUUAAUUAUCUAAAUGAAAAUUUAAAUAAUGGACCGAAUAUAAAUAUUUAUUAAAUUUGUGUAAAUAUAUGUAUAGUGGUGUGUUGUAUUUGGGCGUGGAGUGACAGUAAACAAUAUCAAUACAGUAAGACACUUAUAAGAGGUCAUUGAGGCGAAAAGUAAAUCGACUGGACAAGAGAAUGGUACGUGGAUGAUAGAAUAGAGGGAGAUUUGGUCCGUCAGCAUGCUGUGGAUGACCGUCUUAGCUUUGUGCUUCGAGAUGUCGACCCUCGUUUCUGCAAUCGCAAGAAGAACGACGUCGCCAACCCGGAGCCCGGAUGACUAUAACUUAGCUAACGAUGAGCUUGAUCAUCCCAUACCCAUUGAAGCUGUCCAAGGUGUGGCAGGUCAGCGGGGAUAUCUACCUUGCGAUUUACUUCACUCUCGCGACACCAAUGACGCUGUAUCCAUGGUAUUGUGGUUUAGAGAGUCAAGUGGCGAGCCAAUAUACAGUUAUGAUGCUCGAAAUCGUCAAGCGGGAAAAGUUAAGUUAUGGAGUGAACCUAAUUUCUGGGGUAGUAGAGCAACUUUUCGACUUGGAUCACCAGCCCAAUUACAAAUUCAAGAGGUGCGGCCUAGCGAUGAAGGAGUAUACAGAUGUCGAGUUGACUUUAGAAAUUCUCCUACACGUAACAUCAAAGUCAACUUUACUGUUAUACUGCCACCGUCAAAACCAAUAAUCUACGACAUGAAGCGUCGUGACAUGAGCAAGCUGUUGGUGGCACAUGCAGAAGGAACUAACCUCACUCUGGUCUGCGAGGUUCGUGGAGGUAAACCAAAACCUCAAGUUCUGUGGUACCUCGAAAACCGAAUGAUUGACGCAACGUACGAAGAACGUGAAGUCCAGGGACCAACGGGAGAUAUUAAUUUCAUUACUUUGAACCGUAUUACGCUAAAAGAUCUAACUCGAAGCCAACAUCAUGCUAAAUUGACGUGCAAAGCCAAUAAUACCCAUCUAGCUGAGCCACCAUCGACCACAGUUAUUAUCGAACUUUUAAUGAGACCACUGUCGGUAAAGAUCGUGGGAAAAGAGCGGAUUGUCUCUGCGGGAAAACGGUAUGAAAUAAAAUGUCGUAGUGCUGGUUCGAAACCACCAGCGAAUUUCACAUGGUGGAAAGGAUCAAAGCAGAUGAAAAAAGGAGUUAAAAAUAUACAAGAUGGUACGACGAGUGAAAGCCUACUUGAAUGGUACCCAAACUACGAAGAUGACGGCAAGUACUUGAUCUGCCGUGCUGAGAAUCCACGAUUAUCCGACGCUGCUAUUGAAGAUCGAUGGAACUUAGCGGUACACUAUAAACCAGUGAUGACACUAAGAAUGGGUUCAUCAUUAAAUCCCGAAGUUAUUAAGGAAGGUGAUGACGUCUACUUCGAAUGCAACGUAAAAGCUAAUCCACCAGUGUCGAAGUUAAGCUGGUAUCACCAGGGUAAAAAAUUACAUCACAAUAUAACAGGUGGUAUUGUGCUGACAGAUCACUCUCUAGUGCUCCAGGGCAUUACCCGCAAUUCAGCUGGUGACUAUGUUUGUUCAGCGACAAAUGAUGAAGGUGAUUCGACAUCAAACAUUAUCCAGCUUGACGUUAUGUUUGCGCCAACUUGCAAGCGUGUAGUAAACUUUGACAUUGUGUCAUCAAAGUCCUUUGGAAAGUCAACCCCAUUUUCAUUUAACGUGCCUGAACAACUACAUGGCGCUUUAAAGCACGAGAUGAUCAGUCUGGUCUGUGAGGUCGACGCUAACCCAACUUUAGUCACCUUUCGUUGGACUUUCAAUAGCAGUAGUGAGAUACGAGAUAUUUCACCAAGUAAAUUUACCACCGACAGCACUAUCAGUCGACUUAACUACACUCCUGUUACUGACAUGGAUUACGGGACUAUCGGCUGCUGGGCCAGUAAUAAUAUAGGAGAAUCUAAAGAACCCUGUUUUUAUCAAGUCAUUGCUGCAGAAUCUUCUUUGGACGCAGGGAAACCGUAUCCACUGCAAAAUUGCACCGCACAUAACAACAGCAACACAAAAAUCCGAAUAUCAUGUAUUGAAGGAUUUGAUGGAGGACUUCCGCAGAAAUUCGUUGCCGUAAUGGACGAUCGUAGAUGGGAAUCUAUGAGUCCUAACUGGGUGUUGGAAAUUUAUAAGCCAACUACUGUUGCAUUGUAUGCCGUUAAUAUCAAAGGAUCCAGUGAUCCCGUUAUUCUGGACGACAUUGGCCUAAAAGGGGUCGCCAAAUUCACUGGUGAUUCAACGUCGUCAGUGGAUAUGUCACCAAUUUUAAUUGGUUUGGGCGGUACAGCAACAGGGUUGGGUCUCAUUGUUACGGGUGUAUUGAUGGCAUUGUGGAGACGACACGCAGCGACACCAACUAAACCAAAACAAUCACAACAACCAACUAUUUCUACAUUCACCGGCAAGGGUGAAGAAGAAGAUGGCAAUCCUGAUAUUAUACCUACUACUGUUUUAAGUAAUCAUUUAUCAGAUAAAAAACUUUCAGUUUACGGUUCUCUGCCACGCAGGCCAUGCCACCUGGAGGGUCGAGAAAUGCUUCAUGACUUUCUUGAAAAUCCGGAUUAUCCUCGAGCUUCGACUAAUAAUUUUUACAGCUUGCAAAGGCCAAGUCGUUAUUCUGAAACAAUUGUAAGAACAUCGGCGCUUCAAGAAAGCUGUAUUUGAACUUGUUUGAAAAUUCGUGUCAAAAUAAUGACAAAAAAAAUUCUUAUACAUAUAAAUAAAUAUAGGUACACAUCUACAUGAUCACUACUCGAGCAAUGAAUUCCUUUUGAUCGAAACGAAAGAAGCCAUUGAAUAAUUUUUAAUGCGUCGUAACUUAGAGUACAUAUAGAUAUCAUUCAAUAUGUUAUAAUUAUUAUUUCCAUGUAAUAACCAUUUGUUCCAAAAAAUUUCAUGACAGUAAACUUCCAAAAUUGAGACAAUACUGAACUUUAAAUUGAACAUUUUUGAAACUAUGAAAAAUUAGAAAGUGAACAAUUUUCAAGUUGACGGCUUUUCCUGCGCGUUUUCUUUUCUUUCGGAAAAAAUAAUUGAAUUUGACAAUUUUUUGGGUUCAAAGAAUAUUAAAAAAAAAAAAAUUAAUUAGACAUUAUGAACAUUUACGACUCUACCAGAAUCAUUCAGGUGUAAAGCAAAAAAAAUAAAAAUGAUUCGAAAAAAUAUCUAUAAUCAUUUUUUGACUUUCAUUAGAACUUUUUGGGAAGGUCAGUUUUCAAUUUUUCACUUGUUCAAAAAAUGUGCGAAACAUGAGUGAUUGCAACUAAUUAUGAACUUACAUAGUUAGAAAUUUAGUGUUAAUUUCAACACAAAUCGUGUGUUGCAAAAAGUUUACACAAAUUUUUGGGUUAAUUCAACUCAAUACGUUUUGGUCUUUAACAAAAAUUUUAUAUUAAGUAAUUGAACACAUAAAAUCUGAUAUUUUGACAGAAAAUUUGUGUAAAUUGAACAAACAUUUAGUGUGAAAAUUCACUAAUAAAUAUAAGCUCAUAACUAGGGACAAGAUUUUUGCCUAAAUUUCGAAAUUAAUAGUUCAUAUGUUUGAUAUUACGCCAAAAUAUUGGUUUUAUAAAAAAAGUUUUGAAACAAAACUUAUAGGAAAUUUAAAUUUACACAAAAAAUGUCUCUUAUGAUUUUUUUA